AGAGGAGCCGUGGAGAAGAAGCUGUGAGGGCGGACUGCAGCUUCCUGUUGUGGCUUUGUCUCUGUUUCUUUUGCAAAACUUUCAGACUUUUAACACAAACUCAAAGUGUGGGGCCCACGGUGAUGUCGUCUGCUCCGGCUCUGCUCAUCUGAAAAACAGACUAGUUCUGAUCCCCUUCGCUGGCAUCAUGUCUAUCGACCCGGCGGCAGAGCUCCCUUUCUUCUACGGCAGCAUCAGUCGCUUUGAUGCAGAGCAGUACCUCAAGUUAGCGGGGAUGAACGACGGGCUGUUCCUCCUCCGUCAGUGUCUACGCAGUCUGGGGGGCUACGUCCUGUCUCUGGUGUGGAACCUGAACUUCCACCAUUACCCUAUCGAGAAACAGCUCAACGGCACCUACUGCAUAGUGGGAGGUAAGGCCCACUGUGGUCCUGCAGAGCUGUGUGAGUAUUACAGUAAAGACCCGGAUGGACUGGUGUGUACUCUGAAGAAGCCCUGCCUCCGCCCCCCCGAGACCAACAUCAAACUGGGCGUGUUCGACAGUCUCCGUGACAACAUGCUCCGGGAGUACGUGAGGCAGACCUGGAACCUGGAGGGUGAGGAGAUGGAGCAGGCAGUUAUCAGUCAGGCCCCAAACCUGGAGAGACUGAUCGCCACCACAGCCCACGAGAGGAUGUCCUGGUACCACGGGAAGAUCUCCAGACAGGAGGGGGAGAGGAGGCUGUACUCCGGAGCACAGCCAGAUGGGAAGUUUCUGAUAAGAGACAGGGAAACGGCCGGGACAUUUGCACUUUCGAUGAUGUAUGGAAAAACUGUGUACCACUAUCAGAUACUGGAGGAUAAAUCUGGGAAGUACUCAAUGCCAGAGGGAACCAAGUUUGACACCAUCUGGCAGCUGGUUGAAUAUUUGAAGAUGAAACCUGAUGGUCUAGUCACUUCUUUGGGAGAGGCUUGUUCCAAUGGCAAAUCUGAUGAAAAGACACCAAGUCUUCCCACAACAAGGCGAGCAACUCCAAAUGCGUAUGUACCGCCACCUACAGAACGGGACCUCCUGCCCAUGGACGAUAACACGUACCACAACCCCCACGAGCUCAAGAAGUUCAACAUCAAGAGGUCCAAACUGGUCCUGGACGAGGUCGAGCUGGGGUCUGGAAACUUCGGCUGUGUCAAGAAAGGAGUCCUUAAAACAGACAAGGGUCAGAUCGACGUGGCCAUCAAAGUGCUGAAGAGUGAUAAUGACAAACUGGUGAAGGAUGAGAUGAUGCGAGAGGCAGAGAUCAUGUACCAGCUGAGUAACCCGUACAUCGUCCGAAUGCUGGGACUGUGCGAAGCUGAAAGCCUCAUGUUAGUAAUGGAAAUGGCCUCCGCUGGACCCCUCAACAAAUACCUCGCAAGUAAAAGAGAGAGUGUGACAGUGGAGAACAUUGUAAACCUGAUGCACCAGGUCUCUGUGGGGAUGAAGUAUCUGGAGGAGAAGAACUUUGUGCACAGAGACCUGGCUGCGCGAAAUGUCCUGCUGGUCAAACCCCACUACGCCAAGAUCAGCGACUUCGGUCUGUCCAAGGCUCUCAACGCAGACGAGAGCUACUACAAGUCUCGCAGUGCAGGAAAAUGGCCGCUGAAGUGGUACGCCCCUGAGUGUAUAAGCCAUCGCAAGUUCUCCAGUAAAAGUGACGUGUGGAGCUUUGCCGUCACCAUGUGGGAGGCCUUUUCUUAUGGAGGAAAACCAUAUAAGAAACUGAAAGGCCAGGAGGUGCUGGACUUCGUUAAAAGCGGUCAGAGGCUGGAUCGUCCGGCCGACUGUCCUGAGAAGAUGUACUCACUGAUGCUGGAGUGCUGGACCAUCGAGCUCGACAAACGCCCUGACUUCAAGAAAGUGGAGGAGAGCAUGAGAUCUUUUCACUUCUCCAUCUCGAAUCGGCCUCAGAACGGAGAAGCUGCAGCAAAAAGCGUCAACUAGGCCCAGAAGACAAGGAACACACUGUCUCUGAGCCACAAAGAGCCUUUUAAACAGCUAUUAACCAGCUACAACAAAGAGCGACUAUGAGAGAGGCGCAUGCAGCACAAUCUGACACAGUUCAACAGCAUAAGACUCCACAGCACUGGACUCAAUGUGAUAGAGAUAUGUCUGACUGUCUGUAAGGCGGAUGUCUAUGGAGAAAAGGGUCAUUGGCCAGAUUAUUUAAAGUUGUUUACUGUGUUUUGUUUUUGUGAUGAGCAGAGAUGGAUGCUGAGAGCGAAAUUGUUGUCAAGCACUGGUCUGUCAGCUGAUUUAAUUAAUUAUGUAAUUUUUGUUGUUGUCCUUUCAAUUACAUUAACUUUAAAACAAA